AUGAGUUCAACACAAACCCACGAUGAUGACACACUACAGGCAACUAUUGGGCACUCACCCAGGGGUAUCGGGGAUCUACCACCAGAACUGCUUCUGAAAGUUGCCGACUUCGCUGCAGUCACCGAUACGAAUUCCAAGAAAGUACUCUGCAAGCUCUGUCUAGUCAAGCCUCUCAACCCAGCCGCGACGGAAGCGCUUUACGCCAACAUUCAUGCCGGUGCCGACUUCAACCCCGUCCUUCUCAUCCGAACCCUUCUCAGCCAUCCCUCUCUCGCCGCCCUGGUGCGCUCGCUCAAGCUAAAUGCAGUCUGGAACGGGUAUCGGAACCAGAAAUACCGGAUAGCGAUAUUGAAGAGCGAUGACCCCAACACCCCUCCAGUUACCCUCGAAGACUUGCAGGGUUUAACUACAGAUCCUGUUGUAAAACGGCUACUACAAGCUCCAGAUGUCCACUUCGGCGCUGCAGCAUGUGCAUUGCUAUAUCUCCACACACCAAAUAUACAUACUCUGAAAUAUGCCGUCGAAGGCCACUACAGAAAAUUCAAGCUUCCAGAGCUCUCCAUCAUGGUAUCCACGCGACCAUGGGAAAUCCCCUUCCUACCAGGACCGCUAUUGCAGACACCACCAAACUACAAACUACUCCGAAACGUCACCAUACGAACCCCCCAAAUAGACAUCGACCGCAUUGCAAAGCUACUCCAACUACCCAACCUCCAUCAACUAGAAGUCUGGAACCUCCGCGAACUCCAGUCGCGUCAGUCCUGGCACUGGGACGCGAGUUUAUUCCCCGAACACACGUCCACCGUCCGCCAUCUCACUCUGCGCGGCGGCUAUCUCCACGUCGACGUCUUGAGUCUGAUAAUACGAUGCUGCAAGUCGCUGUCCCACUUUGCUUAUCACAUGGCUCGGAAUCAUAAUCACAGGUUCCAGCUGUGGACCAAGUUCGACAGGCCAACGACUAUUCAUUUCGGCGUUGUUGUUGACGCGCUGAGGAAACAUCGGGAGAAGCUGCGGCACUUGGCGCUGUACAACACCGGCGCUACAGAUAGACGCGUAGCUCCGAGUUGGAUCUCCGCGUCCCUCGCCGACUUACACAACCUCGAGUCCCUCUGCAUAGACGCCAGCGUCGUCUUCCACCGUUCCUCAUGGGGCCAUCUCAAAGACGUCCUCCCCGCCUCGCUCAAGCGACUGCAUCUCCUGCAUACAUGGUAUGACUUGAUGACAGACUGCGUGUUUGUCAGUGGUGCGUUGUAUAAGAUGUAUGAUAGAUACCUGUUUCCGAGCUUGAGCUUUGUUGAGAUGGAGGUGAAUAGGGAGUUUUGGCGUUGGGCGCAAGAAACAGGAAAGGAAGAUGAGGGAUUCGUGUACAGGGCGUCGGCUGUUAAGGCGUUGAAGGAGAAGGGGGUUAGGGCUGUUUAUAGUACUCGGGAGGAUGGGGAGGGUGAGUGGGGGGUUGUGAGGGGGUGGGCGGGGGAGUGA